GCGCAUCCCUGCAUCGGAAUUGGUCCAAUGAUGCGCCGUUGACAGCGUGGAACCCUUCUCUCUGUGUUGUGUGUAUUGAAGACGCGUUCGUUGGCGCGGCAUUUGCGCCUGUAGCAUAUCUCCGUAUGAGUAGUGCAUAGUCAGCAGUCAGCCAAUCGAUAGGCAGUCAGCAUGUCCUAUACUUAACUGCAUUUAACGUCAACUGCAAUUUCUCUUCGUCUAAUCAGUUAUUCACCAGCCAGCGUCGUGUAUUGGCAGGCGCGAGCUUCUUGACUGCGACUUGUAUAGUGUGUAUGCGUGUAUGCCAUUCUGCAUGCCCAUCAAACGCACGAUUCACGGAAUUACACUGUUCUCCACAAGAUUAUUGCGCCAAUUGAAUUUUUCAACGACUGACGAGAAAAGUCGCUGGUGUUUUAUUAAUCGUCCAUAAUUGGUGGUGGUGUUUUAAGUGGAUACGCUACACGAAUCCCAGCCGCGACGCUGGCCACUUUAAUUAGGAUAAUUGCGGCGUUGUUGAGAGAGAGUUUUAAUACGGCGAUUAAGCCAUUAGCCUCCCUGGGCCCCGUCGAGUGACGUCAUCGUAAUUAUUACUUGGCGCGGCACGCGAUCUCCGCUUUUUUAAAGCAGCGCCCGCGUGGUGGUUGCAUGGAGAUCCAACAUAACUACGGGAUGGCGGCGGCCUACCCCAACAUCCGCAGUACAGGCUACGCCGCGAUGGGCGGCGGCACCAGCAUGUCUGGCCCGCAUCCCUCCGCGCAUGACGCUGUGUUUUCUGCAGCGGCCCAGGCCGUCAAUUCGGCACGGCCCUUCUCCGGCUACCCGUACGCCGGACACCAUCUCUCCCAUCAGAACUACGGGCAGUCGGCCGCGGCCGCGCAGAACGCCUUCACCGGACUGAAUCUCUACUCCUCCGCGUGUCCCAGUCCGCCGGCCGACGGCGAAAAGCCGCUGGAGGAGACGACGAUAAUGCGCAACGGAAAGGGCAAGAAGAUGCGCAAGCCGCGCACCAUCUACAGCAGUCUGCAGCUGCAGCAGCUGAACAAACGCUUCACCCGCACCCACUACCUGGCCCUGCCGGAGCGGGCCGAACUGGCCGCCUCCCUGGGACUGACCCAGACCCAAGUGAAAAUAUGGUUCCAGAACCGGCGCUCAAAGGACAAGAAACAGGGCAAAGGUAAACCAGGCGGCGGAGCGGCCGGUCCAGGCGGGAAGAACUUCGUCAAUGAGCGGACGCCGGAGUCGGACGACCCGGGGAGCCCGCUGGGCGGCGAUCACACCGGGCGACACCCUCCCCCGGCAACUGCUCCCCGGUCAACGCCAGCGUCAUCCAGACGGCGCCGCUGUCCUGCGCCGUCAUGCAGCAGCAACAGCAGCAGGAGGCCCCGAGAGCACCAACGGCAGCCUGGCCUGCAGUCCCCCGGCGCACCCCUACACCCCGCCCAUGCAGCCCUGGGAGGUGGGGAUGGGCGGGGGUGGGGGCGACACGAAGCCCUCGCAGUUCGGCAUGACCAACCAGAUCAACAUGCCCGCCCCCGGCUACCCGCCCUUCCUGGGCGGCGGCCCCCAACACCACCACCACCCCCACCAGCAUCCGGCCCACCACCAUGCGGCGGCGCACCACCAGCAGUACUGGUAUCCCUCGGAGAAUAUCGGCCACCAGGCCAAAUGGCCCAAUUAAUUGUUAAAGCGGCCGCUCCGCAGUGACGUCACCCGGCAGCGAAUUAUUGGCCAAAUUGGUUCCUCGGAUGCGACAUUCUCAGACUCCCCGAAUACCCCACCCCCGAUUCUGAUCUCCUCCCCCCGGCACUCGCGCUCCCCCCGCUGGCCAAGCCUCCACACCUUAGUACACGCGUGCACCCCGGCGAAAUUAAAAUGCCGGGAAAAACUCUUAAUCUCUCUUUUUCUUUCUGUUGUACAAUAAACGAAAUUCAAAUUCCCAAUGCAUUCAACGAUUCGGUGUGCCACGUCUCUGUCUGUUUCUCCCACUGCAUGGCGCGCUGUUAACCACCAGUGACCUUUGGGCCGUGUGCUGUGCGCGGCUGUAGAGUGGCAGUAUUUGUUCGGUUUUUGGCCGCAUAUAUAAAAAAUUAUAUGCCAUACUUGUAGACGAACGGAGAAUGCAAUCUCACGACAACAUAAU